AUGUCUUCGGGCGCCAAGCGACUGGUGCAGUCGCUUAGGGGCCGAACGGGGGGCAGGGGCACCGGCGGCGGUCGUUCCGACGCCGGUGCCGGGGAGGAUAGCGGCGUCGGGGGUGGCGGGGCCAGCACCAGCGCGACGAGACUGUGCCAUUACGACAGCGGGCACGAGCUCGACGAGAUCUCGGUGAUCGGGGCCACCGUCAGGGACAACGAGGGGCUGACGACGCCCACCACGCCGUGUCACUGCAGGAGCAUCAAGUAUGGCAGUGGACAGACGCUUUGCAGCAUCGCCGGAUUGCCGCCCGCCCCCGCCAUACCCGCGCACAGAGCACAGUCCGGUGCCAUCACAGGCGGGGUGAGACAUCGUCUAAGCUGUGGCUCCGCGUCCGCCCUGAGCUACGGGGGCGAGAAGUACGGCAGAAGCGGUAGGUCCGGCGACGGUAGGACCGGGGGCGGCGGCAGGGAGAAGGAGGAUGACACCAAGAGCGCGGAGAACGUGUCCAGGGGGGUUUUACCCUCGAGGCAGAGCCUCUUGGACCUCGUCAGCGGUAAAUUCAUGGGCCGACACACACCCACUCACCACUACUACUAUCAGCAGCAGCAGCAGGUGUAUUCUGUGUCGCAGCGAUACUUCAGCUCGUCGCGGGACUCGCUUCAGGGGGGAUACGUGAAUCGGGGGGCGAGCGAGCUCGAUCUGAGCCGCAAGCCGAGAAGAAGGGACCACCUAAGGGGCAGAUUCAAGCUGCCAUAUACAGUUGCGCUCACGUCCUCGCGUGACCAAUCGCACCUCCACACACCGGCAUCAGUCAAUCAUCUCAGCAACAGUAGCUGCAACGGCACUGAAACGAGGUACACGGCGCAACAACAGCAACAGCAACGCGGUAGUAGAGGCUUUCCCGGGCAACCUGGAUCGAGGGGUUUUCGCACGGGCGCGCCAAAUUGGUCCUUCAUCUUCGAUCCUGCGGGACGUCUCUGUUACUAUUGGUCGAUGGUGGUUUCUCUUGCCUUUCUUUACAACUUCUGGGUGAUCAUCUAUAGGUUUGCCUUCCAGGAGAUCAACGGAGAAACUCGUUGGGUGUGGUUCUGCCUGGACUACUUCUCGGAUUUUUUAUACGUGCUCGACAUAAUAUUUCACAUUCGAACGGGAUACUUGGAAGACGGCGUGCUGCAAACCGACGCCACGAAAUUGAGAAAUCAUUAUACGAACAGCACCACGUUUUACAUAGACAUCCUGUGCCUGCUGCCCCUCGACUUUUUAUACUUAUCUAUAGGAUUUAACAGUAUGCUGCGAAGUUUUAGACUCGUAAAAAUUUACCGGUUCUGGGCGUUCAUGGACAGGACCGAGCGACACACGAACUACCCGAAUCUGUUUCGCUCCACCUCCUUGAUACAUUAUCUACUAGUGAUCUUUCACUGGAACGGGUGCCUCUAUCACAUUAUUUAUAAGAACAACGGCUUCGGCAGUAAGAACUGGGUGUUCAGCGACUCCGAGACGGCGGACGUUGUCAAGCAAUAUCUGCAAAGCUACUACUGGUGCACUCUCGCCCUAACGACCAUCGGUGAUCUGCCCAGACCGAGAAGUAAGGGCGAGUAUCUCUUUGUGAUUGGCCAGCUGUUCUUCGGUCUGCUGCUAUUCGCAACGGUGCUGGGUCACGUCGCAAACAUCGUCACUUCCGUCAGCGCGGCGCGGAAGGAGUUUCAGGCGAAGCUGGACGGCGUCAAGACUUACAUGCGGAUGAGGAGAGUGCCGAAUCAUUUGCAGGUUAAAGUUAUCAAGUGGUUCGACUACUUGUGGCUGACGCAGAAGUGCUCCGACGAAGAGAAAGCAGUGAGUUGUCUUCCAGAUAAGCUGAAGGCAGAGAUCGCGAUAAACGUGCACCUGGACACGCUGAGGAGGGUCGAGAUCUUCCAGAACACGGAGGCUGGCUUCCUGUGCGAGCUGGUGCUGCGACUACGGCCCGUUCUUUUCUCACCUGGCGACUACAUCUGCCGCAAAGGUGAGGUGGGAAAGGAGAUGUACAUAGUGAAUAGGGGCCGACUGCAGGUGGUGGCCGACAACGGGAAGACGGUGCUCGCCACCCUUAAAGCGGGUUCCUACUUCGGGGAGAUCAGCAUUCUCAAUAUGGGGACCGCAGGUAAAGAGUGCGGUAACCGGCGAACAGCCAGCGUGCGCUCGGUCGGCUACUCGGACCUCUUCGUCCUCAGCAAGAAGGACAUGUGGGACGUGCUCAAGGAGUAUCCGGCUGCCAGGGUGCGCCUUGAAGCCAUCGCAGUCAAGAGGCUGGAGAAGUACAAGAGAGCUCCUCUGGAGAAAGUCGCCAUGGGCAGGUGCCAGAGCACGCCCGGCCUGGUGGAGUCGCGGGGCCGCGUGUCGCUGGAGGACAUGUGGAUAUCGCCGGUCGACCUCAAGUCCACCCACGCGUACUCGACCGCCGCCUCGCUGUUCACGCCGAGCCCGAGCCCGGUGACGGCCCGCGCGAUGCCGGUCGCGGGGGCGCCGGCCGACACGAACAACGUGCCCAUCAGGGGCACGGAGAGCCCGAUGAGCGGGGCCAGCAGCGGCCCCAGCAGCGAGGACCAGACGGCCAGGGCGCUGCCGUCAGCCGCGACCCAAGCCUCCACCGGCAGGCAGUCCACCCAUUCCGGCAUGACUUGCAACAGCAUGACGCAGCUGGUGAGCGAGGGUACGACACCUCUGUUCGGCACCCACGAGGCCCUGCUGGCGGAGAUUCAGCGUCUCCGCGAGCGCCUGAAAUGCCUGGAGACCGAGAACGCGACGAUGAGCAUCAAGCUGAACCAACAGCAGUGGGAGGUCGAGCACCGGCUGGCCGAAAUCGAGAUGCAGAUCUGCGGGGCGAGCUCGACCUCGAGCGUCGAGGACAACAAUGAGAGAAAUCGGGAGAGCAUCAUUUAA